UUUUCAAACAGAUGAUAGUAAUGGAUGGAUGUUUCAAUCCCAAAAUGACAAACAAAAAUUAUUUGACUUAAAUUCAGAAACAGAUGAUAGCAAUAUAUGGAUGACCCCAUCACAAAAUGGCUCCACGCAAACAUUUGACUUAAAUUUAGAAAUGGAUUACGGCAACAAAUCAACGGAUGAUCACAUUCCAAAAUGGCUUCACGCAAAUGAAAUGAACUUAGGAACGGAUAAUAGUAAUAAAUCGAUGACUCAAUCUCAAUAUGACACCAUGCAAAUACUUGAACAAAAAACAGAUAAUAAUGACAGAUGGAUGACGUUAUCGAAAAAUAACUCCAUGCAAGAAACUAGCUCCAAUAUCAUAGAAGAAUCUAUUACACAACAUUUUCAAGAAAUUUAUCCUGAGAACAGUGUUCAUGAGUCCAACUGA